AAUAUAUUAUAAUUUCAAAUAGUAGAAUCAUGGAAACAGAUUCUACUAUUUUGCAUAAGCAUCUGUGUUCUGACCUUAGUCAGAGUGGAAGAUUAUGUCCAUGGUGAAGCAUACUCUGGCAGGGCUCGCAAAGUUAACUAGAAAAGCAAAUAAAGCUGUUGAUUGGGUUGAAGUUCAAUAUACAAGGAAGAUGAGUCUAUCCAACUGAGUCAAUGUGUCUAUCCUCCUUGGUUUAUAUUACUGACAAGGAGCAGCAGAACUUAAGCCCUAACUAUCUUAUAAUAUCUGAGACAAGACAAGUGUGCUUUGCCAUCUCAAAACCCAAGCUCGUUGUGGUCCUCGCAUUCUUUUACCCUUUUAGAAAUAUCUCCAGUUGUCACUUUCCUUUCUCUCUCUCUGUAUUGUUCAGGAGUCUGGUUUCAAUUCGCUUCUUCUUCUUCCCUUUGUUCCACUUCCAAAACAAACAACAGAAACAAAUCCAAAUGGCGACGAUUACUGCAUUAACUGACGCUUCCGCCGCCGAUUUAUCGUCUUUUCGUAACAUAACAGAUCAUUCUCUGUUCGAAUCCGGAAUCAAUCGGACUAAACGACGUCUCUUUUUCCGUAAAGGAAAAGCAUCUUUCUCUAUCAGAUCCAUGAGAAUCACUCAAACCGGCGCUCUUACUUCCACCAACGGCCGUUUUAACGCCGACAAGCUGAACUCUAUGGUUGAGCUGUUAAACAGCGGGGCUUUAGGACAAGUGAAAAGGAACUCGAGCCCUCGAAGAAAAACCAAGAUUGUUUGUACAAUCGGUCCUUCGACGAGCUCACGUGAGAUGAUAUGGAAACUGGCUGAGGCUGGAAUGAAUGUGGCACGAUUGAAUAUGUCCCAUGGAGAUCAUGCUUCCCAUAAAAAAACCAUUGAUCUCGUUAAAGAAUACAAUGCUCAAUUUGAAGACAAAGUUAUUGCCAUAAUGUUGGACACUAAGGGCCCUGAGGUUAGAAGCGGCGAUGUUCCUCAACCAAUACAGCUUAAAGAGGGGCAAGAAUUUAAUUUCACUAUCAGAAGAGGAGUUUGCAAAGAAAAUACUGUUAGUGUAAACUACGAUGACUUUGUGAACGAUGUGGAAGUUGGAGACAUACUAUUGGUAGAUGGUGGAAUGAUGUCAUUAGCUGUGAAGUCAAAGACAAAGGAUUCGGUUAAAUGUGUAGUAGUUGAUGGUGGAGAACUAAAAUCAAGGCGCCAUUUAAAUGUGCGUGGAAAAAGUGCAACUCUGCCAUCAAUAACAGAUAAAGAUUGGGAAGAUAUCAAAUUUGGGGUGGACAACCAAGUUGAUUUUUAUGCUGUUUCUUUUGUCAAGGAUGCUAAAGUGGUCCAUGAGUUGAAAGAUUAUCUUAAAGGCUGCAAUGCAGACAUUCAUGUUAUUGUGAAAAUUGAAAGUGCUGAUUCUAUACCGAAUCUACACUCAAUAAUUUCUGCUUCUGAUGGGGCAAUGGUUGCUCGAGGAGACCUUGGAGCUGAACUUCCAAUUGAGGAGGUCCCUUUAUUGCAGGAAGACAUCAUCAGAAGGUGCCGUAAUAUGCAUAAACCAGUAAUAGUGGCGACAAACAUGCUUGAAAGCAUGAUUAAUCAUCCUACGCCAACAAGAGCUGAAGUUUCUGACAUUGCAAUUGCUGUUCGAGAAGGUGCUGAUGCAAUUAUGCUUUCUGGAGAAACUGCACACGGAAAGUAUCCAAUUAAAGCUGUUAAAGUUAUGCACACUGUGGCAUUGAGGACUGAGUCAAGUCUUCUAGUCAGUAUCAUGCCUCCAGUUCGUUUUAAUGCUUACAAGGGCAUUCUUUUGCAGAGUCAUAUGGGUGAAAUGUUUGCUUUCCAUUCUACAACUAUGGCGAACACCCUUGAUACUCCAAUCAUUGUCUUUACAAGAACAGGAUCCAUGGCUAUACUAUUAAGUCAUUACCGUCCUUCCUCAUCAAUCUUUGCCUUCACAAACGAGGAAAGAAUUAAGCAGAGACUGGCACUUUAUCAAGGUGUCAUGCCCAUAUAUAUGCAGUUUUCAGAUGAUGUGGAGGAGACCUUUUCCCGAGCACUCAAGCUGUUAAUGGACAAGAAUUUGGUGGAGGAGGGAGAGCAUGUUACUCUUGUCCAAAGUGGCGCACAACCAAUCUGGCGUCAGGAAUCCACCCAUCACAUCCAAGUUCGAAAAGUCCUAGCAUGAUUUUAUGAGGGAAGAGUGAAGACACUUUCUUGUGAUAGAAGUUACCAUGGAGUAGGUAAAUGAUAGACAUAUGGUUUUAGUUUAUUACAAUUUUGUAAUUUAUGUCCAAGUAAUAAUUAGAAUUUAUCUUUUUGUUUUAGGGAUAUUGAAAACACAAAAUCUAGUUAUUGACCGGAAAACUUUUAUGUGAAGUAGAUUUUUUAUUAUAAAAGAAUUCAGAUGUAGCAAAGGCAUUCCCAUUGCACUCUGGUUAUAACUUGUGAUCACGGACCAGUUCUCAUGUUAUGAUAAACUUAUCGGCUUGAAU